AUCCUUACAAUAGCUUGUUCUGUUUCAAAAAGACGGUUUUAAUACCUCAAAAAGUCAAGAUCAUCUUCACGCUUCGUUAACUCUCGGGCAGCAGUUCUCGUGAACAUCCCCUUAGACUGUAUUUCACUUCAAAUUUACAAAUGUUUACGCAGCGGUUUAAUCUUCGAUAAGGAAUCCGAUAUUCUAUUUUUCCAUCAUCAUGUUAUCCCAUGUGUUCCACGCUGUUAGUUAAAGUAAAAUCACAGGCGUUAAAACGAUGUUGCGCAUUAGAACGAUAACAAAAGCAUCAACAUAUCUGAAGAAUUAUAUUCUACAAGCGAGAGCAAAGCGAAAUCUUCUCCCAGCAAUUGAUGAUGUGGACUGUUGGCUGGCGUUAGACCCGAUAUCUUUGUACGCAGCUGAGAUUGACGGCAAAGUGAUCGGAACGCUUUUUCUAUUCAAAUACGAUGAUGGUUAUCGUAUGGCUGGUGGUUUUUAUAUCGACGAGAAGUAUCGAAAUCAAGGAUAUGGUUUUCAGCUCAAUCGCGAAGUCGUCAAAAGAGCUGAACCAACUACCAAUCUUUCUCUGUAUACCUCCCCUCAUCUUGUUGAAAUGUCUAAGCGAAUUUUAGGCGUGCGUGACCUUAUUUAUACUGCUGAACGCCGGGAAUUCGAUAUCCUAAUGGCCUUGAAAAAGCUCCAAAAUAUCCCCAUGAAUUCAACGUAUGAAAUCAAAGAAGUCUCAGAAGUGGACUUUGAAGCUCUGGUUAACUACGAUAAGUUUACGUUUGGAUAUGAUCAUCGAGAGUUUCUCUACAAAUGGUUGUUUUCCCCCGUGAGCCAGUCUUUUGUUGCCUUGAAUAACGAUGGUUCUGUCGUUGGUUACGUGGUUGCACGAGAAUCCUUAGUUCCAAAUCAAGGUUACACGAUAACGCCUUUGUAUUGUGAAGAUAUUGACGUAGGCCUGAGCCUUCUCCGAUCAGUUCUUCAACGAAUCAAAGAGCAAGGAACAUCAACGUCCAAUUUAGCUUAUAUGCAUUCUCCUGUUGAUAAAAAUCCACAAGUGAAUGAAUUCUUGGAGUUUAUCGAAAGCAGACGCGAUCUUAAAUACUUGUUUUUAACAAGCAACGGUGAACCGAAUGGUCGUCUUGAAAAAUGUUUUUCAGUAUCAUCCUUUAAUUCUGGUUGAGAAUAAAUAUAUCAUGGACAAUCAGAUUAGAAUUGAACACGUAAACUGGUUCUCGGCAUCAUCUUUUACCUCUGGUUGAGAAUGAAUCAUGAACAAUACGAUUAUAUGUUUAUAAAUAAAGUUAAAAUAGCUGGAAUUUCACUGAGAAGAAGUGUCCACAAGAGAUUUUCAGUCAUUAUAUUGUGAACCAUUAGCUGAGAGUCCUACAAGGUUUAAUAAAAAACAUUUUUUGUAAAAUUUCAAAUGUAAAAAGUACGAUAGCUACUGGUUUGACGUAGCACUGCAGUUGCGUUGCCAUUAUAAGCAUUAUUUCAACUUCAUGCAACUGUGCUAUUAUUAGUAAUUACAAGUAAGUAAC